AUGUCGAAGCGGCUCGGGUUGAUUGAUGCAUGCGCAGCUUCGGCCACUUUUCGGAACAAGGUGGAGUUUUUCCAGGAUGGACCCUUGAAUGUUGAGACACCUUCUACCUCCAUCCUCAAGAUCAUCACCAACCCUUUUCUAUACAUCUCUUCACAAUGGGUAACUCCUCCAACCCUGCUCACAAGGCCGGCGUGCCUCGAUCUGGUGUGUAUUCUCUCACCUCGCUCUGGUAGUCGACGAUACGGUAGCAGAUACAGCAGCAUCAUCAGCAUCAGCAUCAGCAUCAGCAACAGCAACAGCAUAGCAGACAGCAUCGCAGCCGAUACACUAGCAGUGACAACAGCGGCAUCAGUCCUCCGCCAUCCGUACCAGCAUCAGCGUCAGCAUCAGCGUCAGCGUCAGCGUCGACAGUCUCGACGAAGAACAGCAAAUGACUUGGUACCAGAAGAGCGCAGACUUGUCUCGACAUGCCUCGUCUGGGGUAUCAACCGCGGACACCAGACUGAGCGACGAGUGCUCGCUCCUCGCCCAUCCAACCGCAAGGGUCGCCAGGGCGAGCGCGUCAAGGUCAUCCGAUCCGUCGUCCGCGAGGUCGCCGGUUUCGCACCUUACGAGCGUCGUGCCAUGGAGCUCAUCCGUAACUCCAAGGACAAGCGCGCACGCAAGUUCAUCAAGCGUCGCGUCGGAACGCUCCGUCGUGCCAAGAACAAGAUGGAGAGCUUGACCAACGUUAUUGCCGAACAGCGUCGUGCCGGUCACUAA